UGUGUGUGUGUGUGUGUGUGUAUAAUGACGUGCCUUCCGUGAACCUUGGAGGGCUCUGCAUUCUCUUCCAACGGGCUGGUUACAACACAGAGGAUGUGGACAGUGGAGUUUUUCCUGUUUGAUGUCACACGGCUACCCUUUAAAAGUCCGAGGGAAAAAAGGAGGGAAUCCAGCUAGGAUCCGCAGGCCAGAUACCCACAAAGAAGAGGAGGAAAAGGCCUGGGAGGCACAGGCAGUGUCAGGUUUCAAACUCCAGCCAGCCAUUCAGAGCAAUGUCAGGGACCCGCCUUGGGCUCCUGGUCUCUGUCCUGUGCUGGGUAGUCAGAGCCUAUCCCAACGCCUCCCCGCUCCUCGGCUCCAGCUGGGGUGGCCUGACCCACCUGUACACGGCCACCGCCAGGAACAGCUACCACCUGCAGAUCCACAAGGAUGGCCGUGUGGAUGGCACACCCCACCAGACCAUCUACAGUGCCCUGAUGAUCCGAUCAGAGGAUGCUGGCUUUGUGGUGAUCACAGGGGUGAUGAGUAGGCGGUACCUCUGUAUGGACUUCAGAGGCAACAUCUUUGGAUCCCACCUCUUCAGCCCCGAGAGCUGCAGGUUCCGACAGCGGACACUGGAAAACGGCUACGACGUGUACCACUCCCCGCAGCACCGCUUCCUCGUCAGCCUGGGCCAGGCCAAGAGGGCCUUCCUGCCGGGCACCAACCCGCCGCCCUACUCCCAGUUCCUGUCCCGGAGGAACGAGAUCCCCCUCAUCCACUUCAACACCCCCAGACCGCGGCGGCACACGCGCAGCGCCGAGGACAUGGAGCACGACCCGCUGAACGUGCUGAAGCCCCGGCCCCGCAUGACCCCCGCCCCGGCCUCCUGCUCCCAGGAGCUCCCGAGCGCCGAGGACAACAGUGUGGUGGCCAGCGACCCGUUAGGGGUGCUCAGAGGCAACCGGGUGAAUGUGCACGCGGGGGGGAUGGACGUGGACAGGUGCCGCCCCUUCCCCAAGUUCAUCUAGGGAAACCAGAAAGGAAUCCUUUCCCAGCAGCCUUUCAGAAAACCAAACUGCCUUCAGGGGGACCCGCGCCCUCCGCAGUGCAGGGAAAGGGAAGGUGGGGGUGGAGCGGGCAGUUAGCGCCAGGAGGUCCCCCGAGAAUGUACCUUUAAGGCCUGAGUCAUGGCGGUUUCACCGCCUUCCCCACCCCGCCUAUGCCACCUGUCCGAACUCUGAAGCCCAGAAAGAUAAAACUAUUAGUUUCGUCUUGGUGAAGGAGAGAGGGAUUCCCACCCCGACCACCACCCAUCCCCCCAACACCCCGGGCAGUUCCUCUUCCCUACGCCUCUCCUCUUCAUCAGUCCAGCAUUAAAAUCCAAGCAUAAGCUUAGUGAGCUCACGGCCUCGAAGGUGAAGGGAAGAGCCAACGCCAGCAGCAUCUCCACUGCUCCUGACCUUUGUGGCACCAGCCCCGACCCUGUUGGCAUUUGAGUCUGCAACCUUGACUAGGGCAUUAACAGCUGACCUGGGCAAACUGGUAAAAUCCUAAUCUCAAGGCUUUUCUCUUCCUUGAGCAUCUCUGGAGAAGAGCUGUCAGAAAGAUGGGUAGUAGGCUGGUCAAAAGGGAACUAGAACGCUGGGACAACCAAGGCAAGAAAUCAAGCUAGAAAAUUCAACCUCCCUAUGGAGUGGACCCCCCUUGCCAGGCUCUCUCCCCUUCUGUGUAGCCAGAGCCGAAGGGACGAGAAGGACCCUGCCUGCUCCCAAGCAGACCGUGACAUAACCCUGUCUAUGGGCCCCGUCUUGGGCUUUAGUGAAUUUGGCCAGGGGAAGAGCUUUGGCAUUGGCUCAUGAAAAUCUCCCCUGCUAGGAAAUGGAAAAUUUUUUUUUUUUAAUAAAUUUUUAAAUGGAAAUAAAUUCAAAUUCCCCUCUGAGGCAUUUAUGAAGCCUACUUCCCAGCUGAGUAGUAUUGCAUUCAGGAUUAACUACCAAACUGACACAGGGAGGGAAUCUUGGGACAAUGGGAUUGCUCUUGGGUUCCAUUUUCUGUGGAAGUGAAGUGGCAUCAAGGACUCAGGGGAAAAGAAGUCCGAUAAUCAGGGGACCAAAAUGUAGGAGUUACCCAAAGACAACACUGUCAGCUCUUCUCUAUGCUCUGCUUAUCGCUCUCCAGCGCUGGCUCCAGAGGUAAACACUCCUGGGCUGACAUGUUCCGGUCUUGGCCACUUGCAAAUUCUGGGGACAUUACAUGAAGACAGUUUUUGGUCCCGUGAAAACCAAACCUCACUUACCCAACAGCUGAGGCACCAGCCAGGUGGGCCUGAUGCUCUCAGCCUCCCUCUACCUAGCCUUAGCACCUGACUCGGAGUCUUUCUAUGAAGUGGUGGGGGUUGGGGGUUCCCAUGUUCCUACCUCUGUUAGAUGGCCGCCCACAGAGCAGAAUGCUAGCUAGCAACAGCUUCUUCACAUCACCUUGCUUUUUCCCACUGCCAUCAUGCACCCAGCCUUAGAAACAAAUCCGUUCUUUUUACUUCUGAAAUAUCGGACAACUCUUUUCACUUGAUGGUUUUAACCUGAACUUGAAGGACUGGUUCCUAUUCUGAAAUGCUAAAACUGUGUAUGCUCCCAUAUAACAGUGCAUGGCAAAUAUUUUCUCCAUAGUUUUCAUUUCCUAAUAGAGAUAUUACACUGUUUAUAAGCUUUUGGAAGCUCCCCCAUACUGAUAACUAGACAUAAAAUCCUGGAAAGGACUCUGGCAGAAAACUGGUCAUUAUCUUAUACACGCAAUACCAUUUAUUAGGGGUUCUUCCUUUGGCAGAGCCGGGGUGGUCCCCACAAUUUCUUACGUUCCUUAGCAUGUGGCAAUAUUUAUUUAUUUAUUUGGAAAAUUUGCUUAUCGCUCGAUAUUUAUAGAUAUUUAUAAAAGUGUAACCCCACCUUUUUUCCUUCUUCUGUUUGAAAGAAAAAUAAAAUUUAUCUCAGCUUCUGUUAGCUUUUUCCUUUCUGUAUUACUACAUGAAAUCAUGUCAGAAUAUGAUAACGAAAGGGAUUAUGGGAGGGCAGUGAUGUGAAAAUCCAGAGACCACAAUACUGAAUUCAAAUAGAGUGUCAGAAUUUUAAACGUCAGUCCUUGUCUUUCAUAAGUGGACUCAGCAAUUUUGAUUGACAGCAUUACUGAAAGCAAGGAAAAUUUUUUAUCGACCCUGAAUUUCUGAUCACUCCAGCUCAGAAGUGUUUUAAGGAGAGAAUUUUGUAUUUGGAAAAUACCCACAGAGUUAACCACGUCAAUAUCCCAAUGAAUCAUUUGCGAUGUACUUACUGGACACAGACAGUGUUACUGCCCUAUGAGACCUCGUAGCAGGACACCAAGAUAAUGAACCCACUUCUACUCUUUCUGAAGCUGGGGCCCCUAGAAUUCGUUCUUUCAUUUCUACCUGACAACUCCCCAAACACAGGGAGCAAAGAUGCCCACGAGGCCUUUACAUCACAAAUACAUACAAAUACACAUUUGUAUUCAAAUUUACAUCAGCUCAAGACUACAGUUAGUUUUCACUGCCUAGCCUCUUUCCAUAAAAAACGUAAAAGAAUUUAGUGCCAUGUUUGCUAUUUUAACCCGCCUUCGAAUGAUCUUCUGACAACCCCAGACUGUCUUCUGACUGCAUCCAAGAGUCUGAAUACCAAGUCCUCUGUACCACAGAGAAGGGUGAGGGACAGGAAUCAGGACAGAUACAGGACUAGAGGUCAAAUGCCUUAUUUCUUUAAUCACAUAAAACGUUAAGACUUUCCAAAGGCAGAUUAUUGUUUUAAAAUUUCUCCUGUUUUUGUUUUUUAACAUCGCCUCUGUUUCUAA